CAUCCUACCAAUCCUACUCUGGAAGCGUGCUUGCAAUAUGGAGGACCCCUCCUCGUCAAUAGCGACGGGGUCUCCGCGGCCGCGGCAAGGCGAUCACGAUGGCCACGGUGUCCUGUGCGACGAAGUAUGCGACGAAGAGGAACUCUGCUCGAAGGCGGCCGUGGACUUUCUGCGGGCCUCUGGCGGCGAUCCCUUCCAAGAUGGCGAAGAAGACGACGCCGUGUACGGCCGCAACGGCGAGUUCCUGCUCUCCAAGAAGCCCGACGAAUGGGCGCGCGGAGACGCGCUCGCGAACCUCGUGUUCGAGCUGCGGGCUGGCGACGACGAGUUGUUCGGGGGAGCAGAGCGGCUGCUCUGCGUCCGCGAUCUCUUCGAGAAGGACGAUGCCGCCAAGGACGACGCCGCCACAAAGAGCGCCGAAGAGCCCCCCUCCGAAGAGCCACAGGCCGGCACCUUCUUUUCAGGUGCGUCAACGGUGCUCUGCCUGGGAAACCCGACCCCCAGUGCCCCUCGGCGGCACUUCCCUUGCACCUUGGAGGGCUGUGAUCGGGUCUUUGAGCGGGGCCGCCAACUACGGGUGCACCUCCUCAGCCACGCUGCCUGCAGGCCCUUCAAGUGUGCUGUAGAUGGCUGUGACUGGGCCUUUGCCACAGAGUACAAGCUGAAGCGCCACCUGGAGACUCAUGAAGGCAAGAAGGAUUUCAUGUGUGAUGUGGAAGGCUGCGGACAGCACUUCACGACGGUGUACAACCUGCGGGCCCACAUGAAGCUACAUGGCCGACCCACGUUCGCAUGCCUCUCUCCCGGCUGCUCUCAGGUGUUUGGCACUCGACGCAAGAUGGAGCUGCAUCUGCGAGAGCACCAGGAGCUGGCGGCACCUUACAGAUGUCCGGAAGAGGGCUGUGGCAAGGCGUACUACUCGUCCAACACGCUGGCCUCACACUUGCGCGUUCACCAGCACCGACCCGAGGAGCUGUGCUGCCCGUUCCCAGAGUGUGGCCGUGCAUUUGGCCGUGCCUGCAAGUUGCGGCUCCACUUGCGACAGCACACUGGCGAGCGACCCUAUGCAUGCCCUGCAUGUGCCUGGACCUUUGCCAGCGCCAGCAAGCUGACGCGGCACAUGCGCAAGCACACUGGUGAUCGGCGCUACGUGUGCCCUGAACCCGGCUGUGGCAAGGCCUUUAUGCGGCCCGAGCACCUGCGCGGUCACUCGGUUGUCCACUCUGGUGGCCGCCCGUUUGCCUGUACACACCCAGGGUGUUCAUCACGGUUUGCGGCCAAGUCUAGCCUCUAUGUCCAUCUGAAGAAGCACACCCAGGGAGGCGGCAGUGCUGCUGAGCCAGGAGCACGGCAGCAGCGGUUGGUGUAUGGUUGCCCCGUGGGGAGCUGUUCCCGCCGCUUCUCCUCCCGCACUGCUCUGAGGCAGCACAUUGAGCGCUCUCACUCACUGCUCGUCAUUGCCGAUGGGUCGUCUCAGGAGGAGGAUGAUGCAGCCAUUGCAUCAAUGUCCAGCCCCAGCCGUCCCUCAAGUCCUGACCUGGCCCCCCGACUGGUGCAGGAGAACCAGAGUGGCUCUGCACGCACCGAUUUUGCCAGCCAUCAUAAUCGGCGGUCGUCCCACCGCAACAGUCUUUUGCCUGGUGCUGUUGAUGUGGUCCUGACAUCAUCGGCUACUACUCUCAUGCAGCAGGAUGAGAGCCCUGGAGAUUUGUACUCCGAGCUGUCCGUGCUGGCCGAACACACUGCCACUUCAGACAUAGGAGCUACUAUCCGGUUGCAGGACUUGGACUGAAACUUUGCUCAAGCCUGUCCCUUCAUCUGUAUUCUCGGAUUUUAAUAAAGGCUUUGG